UAUUAAUUAUGUACAAUAAUAUUGGUCUAAUGACUCCUAGAGGAAGUGGGACCUCUGGUUAUGUAUAAAAAAAUCUAGCUCAUAUUAAACCAACAAGAAAACAAGAUGAAUUUCUUAAAGAAAUUAAGGCGAUGAAAGUUAAAUAUAUUAUUAAAUUUUUUUUUUAGGAAAAUGUAAUAUAAGCAAGAAAGAAGGCAAAUCCAGAAAUUAUUUUACACGAAAUGAAAAGAGAUAUUGAACUUAAAAAAUUAACAUUAUAAGAAGAAUUAGAAUCUAGAGGAAUAGCAGAAGAGGAAAUUAAUUAAAGAGUAUAAAGAUUGGAAGAUAAAUUAAAAGAGAUGCUUAAUAAAGGAGAAUAUUAAUUAGAGUAAUUAAUUUUACCACAUUUUUAGUCAUGUUGCAGAUACUCAUAUUAAAACCUAAAAAAAGGAAGAGCAGGAGAAAAAAAUUGGAGAUGCUUUUGGAAUUGAUAAAGAAUAAUUUAAGCCAGGAACAGCAUUUGAUUUUGAUGCUGAAGAAAAAACAAGAUUAGAAAAAAAAGUUGAAAGGGAAAUGAAAAAAGCUGAACGCUUAAUUUAAUUAAAGGAGUAAAAGAAAGCAGAAAAAAAGAGAUUAAAAGAACUUGCACAAUAAUAAUAAUCAAUUAAAGCAACUCAAAAUGGAGAUGUUAAGAAAGAAGAAAGUCGUAGUCGAAGUAAGAGAAAAGAAAAAAAGUAAAAGAAACAUAAAAAAUGAAUACAGAUUAUUCAGUUAUAAACUUAACCAUCUAACAAGCAAG